UCGUUGGUACCGGCACGCUCAGGCACGCUGCCGCUCUUUCAUAAUCUAAUAUUUUUUUAUAUUAUAUUACUCAAUAUUACUGCUCUGUUCUGUUCUAUCCAUAAAUAUAUACAAUAAUAAAAUAUAGUAUUUCUACUAUAACCAGUAAAGUGUCGACAUUCUAGUAUUUUAAAUUCAAUAACAAAAAAUAGUCUAUCAUUUAAUACAUAGUAAUAAAUGUUAAGUUGUAAUAAAAAUUGGAGUAAAAUAUUUAUUAUGUGUUUAGCCGAUGGGUUGUGGAGGCGGCGGCAAUGUUAUCACCCUCGAUAGAGUCAGUCGUCAUCGUCUUCGAGCGUUAAACACCGCGAGUACUUCCCAUUGACAUCGAUACUACGUAAUUGUUGUAUACAGCAUAUACAGGUUGUUGCCAGUUAUUCGCAUUUCAGCCAGUUGGUGUUUGUCAUUCAACAGAUACAUUUGUUAUCAACGUCGUAAUUUACUUAAAAAAUUUAUUUCUUAAAUGUUGUAUUGAAUUAAAAGAAUCGUCUAUGGCACAAUGAUCGAUUCGAGUAAUAUUCAAGAAUCAAGUGGACUUGCUACAGCUUUAAAAGAUCGUCCAGCUUGUGUGAUGCCUGUUCAACCAAAUCGUUCAUUACCGGUAUUACCGGCACCUCAUUCACCUUAUCGAGCUAUUGUAUCUCGGAGGACAUCAACAACUGCCAGUGAUUCAGCAUCCACUGGACUAUCAAAUAAACAAUUAUUAAAAAAUGUCCAAGGUACUUUUACAAAUACAAAAUCAAAUUCAACAACAUCAUUAUCAUCAUCAUCAUCAUCAUCAUCAUCAUCAUCAUCAUCAUCAUCAUCAUCAUCAUCAUCGUCAUCAACAACAUCAUCUUUAUCACCACCACGGUUAUCACCAUCACCAGCACCUUUACUGUCGUCGUCAUCAUCAUCUUCAUUGUCAAAAACUAAUUACGUCACACCCCAAUUACUUCGGUGUACUUUAGAUCUCACCAAGAUCGAUAUCCCAAAUUUAAAGAAAAAUAAUGAAUUAUUACGUAAACCUGUCAUCAAUAUCAUACAAGAAUCACGGUCUCAUGAGAAGAGUAAUCAAAAUAUUUCAAGGCGUUUAGGAGCAAAAAGAAAAUCUGAUGGUGGAAUUGAAAACAACAGCAACAAUAACAACAACAACAACAACAACAACAACAACAACAACAACAACAACUAUAACAACAACACCAAUAUCAAUGGAAUCAAUUAUAAAGACAUAAUAAACAAUUAUAACUUUAUUGAUAUUUCUAAAAGCCCUGAAAGAUGUGACUCUAUUGAUGCUGAUUCGUCAAUAAAUGUUGAUCCUUUGUCACUUUAUUAUACAAAUGAUUCCGAUGCUCAAAAACGAGAAUUAGGACCUAUUAAAAAACGCCGAAAAAGAAAAGAUAAAAAAUUGGAAGAUGAAGGUAUGGGUAAACCUAAAAUAGUCCCACCUUUGAGACUUAAAAAAAUACAAAGUUUGCAAGCAAACAUUACAACGGCAUGUUAUCAACCAAAUAAUGAUGAAAAAGAACGCAUUAAACAAAUAAUAGAGAGAGAACGUCAAGAGUGUAUCCCUAAAUUUAGAUAUUAUCAACCAAAACCCCCAGAAGUCCCAAUAAUAAUACCAGACACUAGGCCAAUCAACAACACAGAACAUGCCAGUAAAUAUCGUAUUGUCAGUGGACAAACUCCACCCUACGACGAGCGUAUUGACUCAUCAACUAUGUCAAAUAAGGAUGCUCAAGAAUUACGUUAUCGUAAAAAUAAACUUAAACUAAAACUACGAGAAUUAAAAAAAAAAACUGUUGAAUUGAGUCGAGUUAUGUUAAAAACACUUAUACCACCUUCAGCGCCUGUUAAGGAUACUAUUGAAUCUUAUGCUCAACAAAUUGAAAAAUUGACAAAUUUAUUAAAAAUGCUUCCUGAAGUACCACAGGAGACUAGUGAUUCUGAAGUAAUCAAUAAUAAUAAUAAUAAUAAUAAUAAUAAUAAUAAUAAUAAUAAUAAUAAUAAUAAUAAAAUAAUAAAUGAUUUACCAAAUUUAAAUGCUUCUCCACCCUGUUCAACGACUUACAAAGACAUAUCAGUGGUGUCUCAGUAUCCUUCAUACACUUCACCAUCACCAGAACCACCAAAAUUAUCACCAAAAAUACCAAUUAAUUAUGAAAUAAUAACAACAACAACAACAACAACAACAACAUCGACAACAACAAGUCCUUAUGACGAAAGAAAUAGUCCACCUUUGUUGCCGAGAGCAACUUCAACCAAUGGAGAUAAUUAUGAAGACGAUUGGGAAGAGAGCCAACUGUAUAAUAAGUUACUUGAACAAGUAAAUAAUAAAUUAAAAGCAUCUGAAGAUAGUGAAUUAAAUAUUUCAUCGGUAAAUUCAUCAGUUAUCACCACCACUACUGGAAGUAUUGUUACCGAGCAAAUUGAUAUAGAUGAUAAACCAGAAUAUUUUAAUUUAUCAACAGAUAUAACUAAAAGUGAAUUGUAUAUUGAUCCGGUAAAUAAUCAAAUUGAUAUAACUGAAAAAUUAGAUAAUAUAGAAAUGGGCUGUGAUGUUGACCAAGUAUUGAAAAUAGAUCUGAGACAUUCACCAAGUCCAGAAAAUAUGGUAAUUGAUACAACAAGUAUACCAAAGUAUGAAAAUAAUAAUAAUAAUAAUAAUAAUAAUAAUAAUAAUAAUGAUUAUUAUGAAAAUAAUUUAAGGAUAAAUGAGUCUGAUCAACUCAAAGCUAAACUAAAAGAAUCUAAUAAUAGUCAUAAAAUUAUUAAAGUAUUUGAUAAUUUAACUUCAGUCAGUCCUACUAUUAGUAAUGAUAGUAAUGCUAGUAAUGUUAGUAAUACUGCAGCUGUGGCUGCGGCUGCUGCUGUUGCCGCUGCUGCAUCAGCAUCGUCUGCCAUAACUUCUUCAUGUGAUAUAUUGAAUAAUAAAUCAGUGGGUAAAAGUAAAACUAAUAAAAUAAAAGACAAUCGACCAGUAUCCGAGUCACCAAAAAAUAAUCUCAUUAUUAAUGAACAACAAUUUCCAUCACUUGGAAACUGGCUCGCUAAAAUAUCUACAAAACUUCCAAAUCAUCAAUUAUUAUCAACGCGCUCAAUUAAUGAUACUAAUAAUAUUCGUCCAGAUUCAGCAAUUACAAUUACUAAUGAGUUAUCACCAUCAUUUUAUCAGUACUAUCAGCAUCAUCAUCGUCAACAGCCAUUGCUGCAACAGCCGCAACUUGAAAUACUUAAUCAACAACAACAAGUAUCAAAUAAGACAAAUACUACCAGUUCUUCAAAAAAUAAAAAUACCUUGGGAGAGACACAUAAUAAAAUAUCUACAGAAACACAAUUAAAAAAUCAACAACAAUGGGAACCAACAGAACAGCAAAGACAAUCACAAGCACAAUUACUUGAAAAUAAUUCAAACAAUAAUAAUAUAAAUACGUCAUUCUUAGAACCACAAUUACAACAAAAGCCUCAACAACAAAUAGACCCACAAAUUUAUUCAUCUGUUCCAAUGAAUAGACUUUUUCCUCGCGGUUAUCCACUGGAUCCUUAUAGAUUGCCACUUCUUCGGCCUCAAAAUAGUCAAUUACCCGAUCCGAUAUCAACGAACUCAAUGCCAUAUCAUGCUAAUGCAUCAGCUCUUUUAAAUCCUUUGCCAAUGCCACAAAAUUCAUCACUCUCUUAUUGGCAUCAACCGAUCGCUAAAGCCCAUACAGAAUCUAAACGAGGAUUUACUGAUAUUCCAAUUAAUUACGAUCCACUUUCACUUGCCAAAAGAUCUACUUACUCUCAACUUCAUCCGCUUUUACCUCCAGUACCAAUUAACCUUAUAAAUCCCCCCCAAUAUCAAAUUCAACAACAACAGCAGCAGCAGCAACAACAACAACAACAACAACAACAACAACAGCAACAACGUCAACAGCAACAACAGCAAUUACAUUCAUCACAAUAUGAAAGACUGUGGGAUAAACCUGGACUCUGUUUACGAACUCCUGAUUCAACAAUACAACCAAUAAACUAUCCAUCAUGGCAAACUGCAUUAUUUUCCCCAGAAAGUUUAUUGCCAGGAAGAAGUUAUGGAUUAAAUAGUAGUUGGACUUCGGAUCCUCGUAAUCUUUUGUCAACAAUCACACCAGCAAUGCAAAAUUUUUCGUCACCUUAUCAACCAAUUGGCAUUUCACGAAUAAGAAAUGUCAAAGAACGCGGUGACCAAAUACGAAACUGUGAAACUCCCCAUUUAGGUAAAGUUAAUUACAAUCCGAAUACUGCAAAAACACUCGAGUGCUCUAAUUGUGGAUCUCGUGGCCCUGUGUAUAAAUGUCUAGGAUGUGAAAUUGCAUUUUAUUGCAAUGAAUCUUGUCAAGCGCGACACUGGAAUCACCAUGUUACUAUUUGUCCUAAAAAAAUGCCUAAAUUAAAAAAAGUUGUGCCUUAAACAUUAUUAUUAUUGUUAUUAUUAUUAUUACUACAAUUGUGCCUUAUUAUUGCUAUACAUAUUUAUUAUUCGUGAUAAAUAAAUUUUUUUUUUAUGUGAU